ACGGGCGAGCGGCUGUGGACGUCCGGCCAGCAGCCCGCAGCAUGGAUUCGGAUUCCGGCGAGCAGAGUGAAGGCGAGCCCGUGACCGCCGCAGGUCCCGAUGUUUUUAGUUCAAAGAACCUUGCCCUUCAAGCCCAGAAGAAGAUCCUGAGUAAAAUCGCCAGCAAAACCAUGGCAAAUAUGUUGAUCGAUGACACCAGCAGCGAGAUCUUCGAUGAGCUCUACAAAGUCACCAAAGAGCACACCCACAACAAGAAGGAAGCCCACAAGAUCAUGAAAGACUUGAUCAAGGUGGCAAUCAAAAUCGGAAUCCUCUACCGACACAACCAGUUCAGCCAGGAGGAGGUGGUCGUCGUGGAGAAGCUCAGGAAGAAGCUGAACCAGACCGCCAUGACCAUCGUCAGCUUCUACGAGGUGGAAUACACGUUUGACAGGAACGUGCUCUCCAAGCUCCUGCACGAGUGCAAGGACCUGGUGCAUGAACUGGUGCAGCGACACCUGACGCCCCGGACCCACGGGCGCAUCAACCACGUCUUCAACCACUUUGCCGAUGUGGAGUUCCUCUCCACCCUUUAUAGUCUGGAAGGAGACUGUCGGCCCAACCUCAAGAGAAUGUGUGAAGGAAUCAAUAAGUUGCUAGAUGAGAAAGUCCUCUGAAUGCCUUCUCUCCUCCCGGACUUUGCUGAGUCCCAGUUGCAGCACCAGUGUGGUCCAGGUUCGAAUCAAGAAACCAGGAAACCCUUGUCCAAGAUGCCCAUGGCCUACCCUAGUUCCCCGUCUGCCGUUGAUGCCAAUUUCACUCAGGUGUGUUUCUCCCCUGAGCCCACUGACGAGCUCUGUACUUCCAGUCACCUUGGUCAGCCAGCCCAAAGGACAUUUCAUGUCUCCUCAGCGAAGGCUGCUGUGCUCAUCGAGGUGAGCUCGCUUCAUCUUGGGGAGUGGAAGGAGCCCUGGACCAGGAGCUGGAGGACAUGGAUUCAGUUCCUGGCUUCACUGGGACAGCUAUCCUCAGGAUCCUGGG